AUGUUAGCUCUAUCCCCUUCUUUAUUUCUCUAUAGACCACCCCAAUACCCUAAUAAAGUUCCAAUCUUUAAACCUCAAUUCAAUAAAUUUCACUGUAACUCUGAGCUUCAAGUAGAAAGGGGUAUUGAAUUUGAGACUGGAGAUUCCUUUUAUCGCCAUGAAAGUGCUAAAGGUAGAGACUUGGGGAUAUUGGCAGGAGCUCUAUAUAAGCAAUCGAAAGGCACAUUAAGGGUUAUUGAUGCAAUGUGUGGGUGUGGAAUUAGAUCUUGUAGGUACCUAAUUGAAGCAGAAGCUGAUUUUGUAUUGGCAAAUGAUGCAAAUGAUGAGUAUAGAGGUGUUAUUGUUGGGAAUUUGAAGCAAGUAGGAAGGGGUUUUGGUGAUGAGAGAAAGUGGGUUGUUACACAUUUCGACGCGAAUAGAGUAUUGACUGAGUGUUACUUGCAAAGGGACUUCUUUGACUUGAUUGACAUUGAUUCAUUUGGAAGUGAUUCUUUGUUUUUAAGGAGUGCAAUGAGUGCUUUAAAAUUGGACGGAUUGCUUUAUCUUACUUCCACUGAUGGGUACUCUUCUGGUGGUCAUAGGCCUCAUUGCUCUUUAGCUGCAUAUGGAGCAUAUAUUCGCCCUAUGCCUUGUUCCAAUGAGGUUGGUUUGCGAAUGCUUAUAGGUGGGGCUGUGAGGGAAGCAUCUUUGCUGGGUUAUCAUGUUACCCCACUUUUUUCAUACUACUCAUAUCAUGGACCAGUUUUUAGAGUUAUGCUCCGAGUGAAUCGAGGGAAGGAACAUGAGAACAGGCAUUAUGGUUUCAUCACCUACUGCAAUCAAUGUGGAAAUACUCGAGCAUUUUCAUGGGAAGAGCUUGGUCAUUUUAGUUGCAGUUUCUGCAGCAAUGAAGAUUAUAGGCCCCUUACUGUUUCUGGACCCCUGUGGACAGGACCUCUUCAUGAUGCUACCUUCAUUACAGAAAUGUUGAAUUUGGCUGAGCAAUGGGGAUGGGUAGGAAAUGAUGUAGGAGCUGAUCUGGAUAAACUUUUGAAACAGAUGUUAGAUGAAAGCGACCCCAGAUUACCAUUUGGAUUCAUUAAACUGGAUGAGAUGGCAAGCCGUGCAAAAAUUAAUUCACCUCCAAUAAAGACCUUGAUGAACACUCUCCUCCAGGAGGGUUAUGCUGCUAGUCGGUCGCACAUUGCCUCUAAUGCAAUCAAGACAGAUUGUCCUAUGCCAGUGUUCAUUAGGCUAGCCAAGGAACUCCAGGGUGCUAAAAAAAUUUGAUGUAAAGUGAUUAUGGGGCAGACAUACGGGCCGUAGCAGCUCAAAACUGGUGGUGAUGGGAAUGAAAGCUCAUUGGAAGAAGGAAAGGCUAAUUUCUCUUGUAAGCUGAAUCUUUGUCCAACUCCGACCAAUAUCUCAAUGAAGAAAUAGGUUUAUCAAUUGGUGUAGAGUUAGUUUGAUCUGCCAAUUUGUAAGAUUAUGAAGUUAUUUGUAAAAUGGUUUACUUGCACCAAGUCAAUCUGCAACAACAAAAUCAAACUAAAGUCUUUCAAAUUCAUUUCAAUAUUAAAAAAGGGUUGAAAGAAC